ACAUACAGUGCGAAAGAAGUUCAACAUACACACUUAGAAUCGAGGCUGCGUGAUCAAAGCGUCUCGCGUGCUUUCGUUUGUCAGUCUGAGUGGCUUUGCGCCAGCUGCCAGACCGCAAGACAUGAGGCCCGGCCACCGCACGGCUACGGGAGACUUGAAGCACAAGGAGUUGGAGGAGGUGCGCAGGAGGAGGUAGUGGUGGUGGUGGUGGAGGCGGCCGCGGCGCAGGAGCAAGGAGGACGGCAGACAUGCGAGCGGCACGGCACGGCAGAUUUGGCCUCAAACCACGCGCCGAGCCACCAGAGUCACCGAUUGCCGAACCACGACGACCAGGAAGCAGUCGCGUCCCAUCACCAUCAACGACAACACCAUCAACAUCAGCACCGUCAACAUCAACAACACCCUCCUGCUCUGACUCCUCACCUCCGCCGCGAGGAAUCGUGGCAGAAUCACGGAGGCGCGAGCUUCAUUGGCCGGGAGAGGGAGGACGUCGUGGCCCAGGGGGAGAUGCAGAUCCCACACUUGGCUUCCCUCUACCUCAGCCUGAGGGGCGAGCGGGCGGCUGUGGACGAUCAUCAUCAGCAGCAGCAGCAGCAGCGUCAGCCAACCGUGUGCUUCAUUCCCAUGGACGGGGGGCAUUCAUGCCGUCCCAGCAGCCCUCCGGCCGUAGCCCGCGGCCGUGACCAGUUGGAGUCCCUCGCCAGGCCGGAGCUGCCGCAGCCGUACUUCGCCACGGCGCAAACCUCCCAGCCGCCGCUCGGCACGCCGCGCCGCACCACCCACGACGACAAACCAGCGGCCGGGGCGGCGGGGCCAGACGUGCCGCCUCCCCGGCCCCACCAGCCGGCCGGAGACACCACGCCAGAGACGCCCACGGCCACCGGGCCGGUCGCACAGCGGCUACCGCCACUGUGUGGUGCUAGGGAAGGGGCGGUCGCACAGGCGGGGCAGCCGCCCGGAGUGACACCACCGAGGUACAUGGACCAGAGCGUCUCCGUCACCAUCACAGGCCGCUCGCCCGCGAUGGUUUUUACCCAAGGAAGGCCGCCCGUGGGUUUGUCACAACCUUCUCAGAUCGCAGAUCAUCAUCAACAUCACCACCACCAUUACAACCAUCUUCUACUCGGUCAUCACGUAGAGGUCACCGUCUCGCAACCUUCACGUUAUCCGCCGAGGGGCCAGGUUACCGCAGAUUCUCCGGCCCCUCGGCCCAAUGUCCACACGCCAACAUCGCUUCCCGAUGGGCCGAGCGAGCCGCGGGGCCUCGAGUCGCACCCCUGGUGCCCGUGCCCAGAUCCGGAGUCAGGGGCGAGUUGGACGCUAGAUUUGGCGGAGCGGCACCACUCGGCGUCGGUGUCCGGCGCCGACUCCGCUCAAGCCGGUGGUCGAGAACCCUGCACGGCAAACGAAAGGUCGACCGAGAGGUCAACUGAAAGGUCGUACGCUGCCAGAGUUUGCUCCGUGAUGGUGGAGCGCUCCGACUCCCCUCUCAGCCUGGUGACCGCCGCGAGCCACUCCAGGCUGGCACACGCUGCCGCUGCCGCCGCCGCCGCCGCCACCGCAGAGGAGGAGGAGGGGGAGGAGGAGAAACGGCGCUCGACUUGUCAAACGGUCAUCAUCUCCAUCGACCCCGAGCCACUGAUGCAGGGGACGAGUGAGGCAUCGCAAUUGCAGCAGCAGCUUGAUGACGACGCUGUGAAUUACAUCAUGCCCAAGGCAGCGGCAGUAGCAGCAUCAGCAGCAACAGCAGCAGCAGUAGCACCGGCGGGGGUACCAGAGACCGUCGCCCGGCGGGACAAGUCUGAGGGCGCCGUGAAUCUGUCCACCGGCGAGGGCCGACGGAGGGCCUCACCGGCCCUGUCAUCGUCGUCCGCCGGCGGGGGAAUGGAUCUGAGAGCUGCGGCGACAACGAGGCCGGCGAGGCCACUGGGCUCGGCACCGGACGACGCGUCCGGCAAACCGAGCCGGGAGCCCCUCGGCAUCGCCGCCGACCCGGCCGUCGUGAACCUCACAACGGGGCCGUCCUCGCUCGCCGGGCCUUGCGGCGAUGAUGGCCGCCACCGCCCGGCCGUGCCGCACCUCAUGGCGCUCAACCUUGCCCGCGAGUCGACCCGAAUCUCCCGCUCCGACCUCGGCGCCCAAGCGGCGGCGGCGGCGGCGGCCAGGGCGCGGGUACCGCCGCUCAGCGUGCUCGUCGACCUGAGCCGGCCCAGGCCCUGCCAGGCGGUGCCGGCUGUGCGCAGGGACCAGCGGCAGACGGCGUCGGCUCGGCCCGUCGACCUGACGGCCGCGAAGACGCCGGGCGGCCGGGGUGGACCCGGCCCCCGCGAGGCCGCCCCCUGCGUCGUCGCCGCGGAGGCGCCAGGGCCUCCGCUGCGGCCGUGCUGUUGGCGGAGCGACGGAGAUCGGCCGUGGGCCCCGUACGCUCCGGCGGCGGCCCCCGCCGACGUCAAGGCCGUAGAUUUGACGGCGGGCCGGUGGCUGGCAGGUUAGUGGGGUGGUGGCCUCGCUCGCCUGAGUUUUGCUGUGGGACCUCGAAGCCGGUGCUUUCCAACCUCUGUGGACCACUGUGGUCCCUCACACACUAGCUGUGGGCCACCCUUGCACCACCCAUGCACCACCCUUGCACCACCCAUGCACCAUCCAUGCACCACCC